GUCAUUUUGUAAACAACUCAUCCUCCGGACAAAAGUAACAACAACUGUCUUCUUGAAUCGUUGGUGGUCGAGUCGAGGUCAUCUUUAAUAUUGCUCCAUGGUUUCAGUGAACAAAAAAGAAAAGAAGAAGUCUGGCUGAUCUUACCCCAAACAUUGUUUACUACAGAGAUUCGAGAUUGUAAACUUUACAGUAAAGUUUCUGCCUGGGGGCUGGGUGGAAAGAGAGUUAUGGCAGCAGCUGAUCCCGACCAAGUCCAAGUAGAGAGCCCGAUGCCAGCGGGAGAGGGGGAGGAAGGCAUUCCGCCCGGGUGCUGGAUUCUGACUGAGAGCCGGGAGUUUAUCGGAAGGGUGUUUUCAUUUCUACCGGCUAAAACAUUAAACACUUGCUCAAGGGUUUGUCAAGUUUGGCGUCUUGAGGCAGACCGUGUGCUGAGUCGACGUAAGGAUAUUGGAUGGGUAACGCUUGGGAGGAAAGAGGCAGAAGAGUUUGUGGACAAACCCAGGUCCCUUGGUUUUGACGAUGAGCUAGGACCCUUUGGGGUCCACCUGAAUACUUGCUUGAAUUCGAUUGGAAGUAUACCUCGUUUAGCCAUUGUUUUCUCGGAAUGUCAAUACCCAAGUGAGUUUCAAACCUUACAAUGUGACUAUGAAAGAACAUCCGGACACAGUAGAAAAAAGACAGUAAAGAUGAUUCAUUCCAGGCUGCCUACAGACUGUCAGAUUGUUGGUUUACGAGUAAACGGCACAAUAGGAUGCCAACGCAACUUGAGUCCAGCUGGAGAGAGUGAGGGUCAGAUGGGAUCAGCCUGUGUCUUGCUUCCCGAGAUCAACUUCAGAAGGACGUGCCACACUGAUGGUCCCAGACCCGAUCCCGUUUAUCGGCCGGACACAAAGUGUUUUCUAGUGUUCAGCCCUGGUGGCCUCCACAACACAUCGGCUAGGAUGAUCAAACAGUUACAGCAACACAUGUACACUGAGCAUGGUUGCCUGCCGGUGAUAGCCGGAGGGAUUGUGAAGCAAGUUUGGAUUGAACCAUCUCCUUCCUCAAGUUCCAGCAGGUACAAGAAGGUCGAAUGCAGCAUAUUGUCAUUCUACGGACCCAACGUCAACGCUGCCUCUGUUCUACUCGGAAGGUCCAUCACCACCAGGGACGCUGCACGCAGGAAAAUGCUCGAACUUAAGAAAGCCGGACUGUCGGAAAAACGCAGCCUCGCGUUCAUGUUCAGCUGUAUAGGACGGGGGAGGGAGUUUUACGACGAGCCCGAUGUAGAGAGUGAAGUGUUUCACGAGCUCUUCCCCAAAACGCCCCUGAUCGGGUUCUUUGGAGGCGGGGAAUACGGAUGCGACAAUUUGACCUGCGGGAAGGUCAUCACGGACACGGACGAUGGGAUCAGAAACAACGGGAGUCAUCAGAAGGGACUCGCACAAUCACUGACUUGUGUCAUCUGUUUACUUUCAUUUGGAUGACCGGUUGUCAAAACAAAUAAAGAAGCUGCUCUAUAAUUCGGAAGAUCGAGGUUCAAAACCCAUAUACAUGUAUGUAAGUGUCCCAGAAAAUAUGGGGUUCUCAAAGGACUCGCACAAUCACCGACUUUCUUCACCUGUUAACUUUCCAUUUGGAUGAACGGUUGUUAAUCUGCUUGAAAUUGUGGAAGAUCGAGGGUUCAAAACCCACCGUAGGCGUUCAUAAAAAUGUGGGGUCCUACAAGGACUAACACAAUCACCAACUUUCGUCAUCUGUUUACUUUCAUUUGGGUGAACGGUUGUAAUUUCUUUGUCAAAACAAGUAAAAUACAACUUUCUCUUUUAUGUGGAAGAUCAAGGGUUUAAAACCAACCAAGAAAAUAUGGGGUCUUCAUCUGUUUACUUUCUUUGGGAUGAACGGUUGUAAUUUUUUUUGUCAAAACAAAUAAACAAUCUGCUCUAUAUUCUGAUAUUGAGGUAGAUCGAUGGUUCAACACCCACCCAAGGUGUCCAUUGAAAUAUUCCCCCAUACAUGGUUUGGAAAGCUCGGAGUACACCGUGCUUUUCAUACACAGGUGUACGGUUGAACCUAAAGAUCACGAUAAUAAACUACGAUAAAAAAGGUUAUUAUUCUUGUUUAGAAAAAAAGAUUGAUGCAUUAUAUAGUGUAUGGAUUAGAUGACCCAACCACCAUGCUAGAAUUGAACAGGUUCAUAAUAAUAUAUAGCCUCAACUCUUUUUUACUAUAUAAAAUGUUGAUUACAGACAGGGUGUACUUUUGGUAAUUCCUCCAGGUGGUAAGGACUAUUAAUUUUACUUAGUAAAGACUAAAGAGCGCUUGAGAGCUGCUGAUUUUAUAAAAUUGUUAGAAGCCAUAUCUUUUGAAGUAAUGUAGUUUUUGAGAAAGAGGUAAAAUUUUUACCUCAAAAAAAUUUGAAUCUAAGAAAGGCUUCAGGCAUGAAGCCUUUGUCAGGAAACUGACAGAUUACAUUCUAACAACAUGGUGUUUUUUCUUUAUAUACUUCCUUGCAACUUCAAUGCCACAUAGAACUUAAAUUUUCACAGGUCCGCU